AUGACUCAGUCUAUUGCUAUAACUAUUGGAGUCUUGGCGUUACAAGGAGCUUUCCAGGAGCACUUGACUUAUCUAGAAACAGUUAUAUCACAAGAUGAGGAAAAAUACUCAAACUAUUCAUUUAGGAUCAUCCCCGUGAAAACAAAAGAAGUUCUUUUUGAAUGUAGCGCUUUGGUAAUUCCUGGCGGAGAAAGCAGCUCGAUGUCUUAUAUCGCAGAAAGAACAGGGUUGCUUCCUCAUUUGUACGAGUUUGUAGCCGAUGAAUCUAAAGCUAUUUGGGGUACAUGCGCCGGUUUGAUUUUUUUAUCAAAACAAAUACGGAAUGGACUCAAAGACCAGAAAUGUUUGGGCGGAUUGAAUAUAGAAACUAACAGAAAUGCAUUUGGACGCCAGCUCGACUCUUUUGUCAAAGAAUUGGACUUUAGUAAGUUUAUCAGUGGGUGCACCGAUUUUCUUACAGUUUUCAUAAGAGCCCCAGUAGUUACCAAAGUCUUGACAGAACCAAAUUCUUCUCGUGAUUUGGACAAGUUUAUAAAAUCCGAGAACGAUUAUGUGAAUGAAGCCCCAGUUGAGGUGUUGUACCUGUUGGAUAACUAUGAUGGCGAUAACAAUAAGCUAAUGGUAGCUGUACGACAAGGGCGAAUACUAGGAACAUCUUUCCAUCCUGAACUAUCAGAUGACCACAGGUUUCAUCAAUGGUUUAUAGACGAAUUCGUGUUACACAUUUAG